CUCCAACCGCGGCACCCCGACGACGGCGGCGGCGACGACUGCCCUCGAGCGCGCAUCGUAUAUUAUAUUAUUAUUACUAUUACUAUUAUUAUUAUUAUUAUUAUUUUAUGAUUCACCACCGACGCGCGCGACGCGUCGCGUCCAGUCGAUACGUGUGUGCCACCGUCGGCGGAACGUUGACGUGGUGGCGAACGAUAUAAUCAUCAUCGUCGUCGUUGCACUUGUACGGGCGCAACAAUAAUAAUUAUUAUUAAAAAAAAAUCACUCUAUUAAAAUUUUUUUAAAUUUCUUUUAAUCGUUAUUACACUUAUAUUAAAUUAUUUACCGUAUAAAUCACGCAACCGUGAUAAAAUUAACACGUGCGCAAUAAUUUUGUCAACCACGGUGACGCGUGUCUGGCACCUAUCGAGUGUAGGUACCUAAAGAUGAGAUUUUCAAAAACAUUUUUUUUUAAAUAUUUUACGUAAAAUAAUAUGAACGAAGACAUGCACCAUUACGAAUGCCACCGUCAUCAACAUCGCAGUCACCUGCUCUACAGUCGCGGCCAAGCAUCUCUUAACUUUUUCGAUUGUCACGUCACUGCUGCCGUCAUGUCCAUUUAUCUUCAAUAUUAACAAAGAAAUACUGAUAUGCAGACAAUCGGUAAAGCAGAUAAUAAAAUGGAUUUUCCUCUGAAUUGGACUGAUAUAUUAUUAAAAUCAAUAUCAGGUAAGACAAACUAUACUAUAGAUGUAAAAAUAGGAACUAAACGCAUUGCAACAAACCAAGAUCUGAGAGAUAAUACAAAAAAACGACGUAAACAAUCAAAUCCUACAAGGAUAUCUUCUAAUGAAGAAAAUCCAAAAAAUGAAAGUGACAGAACAAUAUUAUUUUGUAACAGAAAUAAAACCGAACUGAAUAACAGUAAAGAAGAGACAGAUUUCAAAUUAACUUGUCCCCAAUAUCCUUCGGCUUCUUUACCACUUAAUCUGACUAUAUCUGAAAACCAAAAACUUUCACCAAAUGAAGUACAAAAAAUGAAUUUUUCUAACGAUGCACAACUGCAAACUGACUCAUUUGCUGAAAUCUCCAAUAACCUAAGUUCUUCUUAUCAAACAUUUAUGAAAGAAAUGCCAUAUAUUGAUAAGAAAGACAACUAUUCGAUCGAAUCUUCAACUUGUAUGAUGUCUUUUUCUAAACACCAACCAUGCCCCUCAGCCACAAAUGUUGGGCCGACUUCUGUUCAAAUAUUCAAUCCAGAAGCCUUUUGCGAUCAAUGUAACAAAGAAUUUUGUAACAAAUAUUUUUUAAAAACGCACAAGGCUAAUAAGCAUGGUGUUUUCAGUGACAGCCAUCCAAACAGUUCCAGUUUAGAUCAGUUGGAUAGAACUAAAAUAUCAACAUUACCCACGUCUUGCGAUUUUUCUUCAAACAUUAAUGAUAAUUAUAUUGGCGCUUCAACAUCAUCAUUGUUUAAAAGUCCUGUAUUAUUUUCUCAAUCAUCGGUAAAUUCAAACACAUAUGUAUCAAAAAAUAUAUUUAAUAAUCAAACUCGGGCGUUUUGCAGUAUAUGCCAGAAAGAAUUUUGUAACAAAUAUUUUGUUAGAAGACAUAAAGCUAAAAUUCAUGGAAUAACCGACGAUGGAGACUACAAGAUAAAUGAUGAUGUCCCUUUUAACUUUAAAACAAACGUACAGAUAAAAAAUGAAUUUUUAGAUUUUGGAGUCACUGAUUCAUGUGAUAAAGAUGUUGAAACAGUAUCGCCUUCUCUUUUUGCCAACAAAUCCAUACCUGAAAUUUCGAAGACACAUGAAAAAUUAUUCUUAAAAGACACUCAACCGUUAGUGGAUAAUGAAGAAGAACUUGUGAUGAAAUAUACUACAGUUGAAACCCCACAUAAUAACAUAAAAGUAGAGAAUACAGUUGAUGAGCGAAAUUUGGACUAUAUCAAUAAAUUAAAUAAUAAAUUGUGUAAUGUAAACGAACUUCAAAGUAGUGAACUUACAAGUAAUUUAAGUCAUAUCAUAAAUACACAUAAUGAACAGGCAGUUAUUCAAAAUGAUUUUUCAAAAGUGAACGCUAAAAGUAUGAAUCAGCAGCCUACUGAAUUUGAGACUAAUACUAAUACCCCCAUUAACUUGAUGACAAAUAAUAGUGUAAAUAGUAUUUCGACAAACAACAAUAUUGGGCAAAAAAUUAACAAUUUAAAUAAUUACCUUCCAGCUACCAUAACAAUUAUUGAAAAUGAAAAUAAAAUUGAUAAAAAUAUUGAAACAGAUGAAUCUAAAAUUGAUUUGAUGAGCAAAAACAAGUUACUUACAUUACACAAUUUGUUUUUUAAAUUUAAUGGAAAUUCGUUAGAGAAUAUGUCAACAUGUUAUGUAUGCAACAUGCAAAUUAAUGGAUCAUUAAAAGCGCACAUUUUCAAUGAACAUGAAAACAUCGUUCAUGAACUAAUGAAUGAAACUUUAGAGUCUAAUGAAAAUGUACGUAUUGAACACUCGUGUCGUGAAUGCCAUCAAAUAUUUAGUUCCGAUGCAUUGUUAAAAGAACAUGUCGAGCAAGGUGAGUGUAACAUCAAAGAAAUGGGUAGGGCGUCGGCAAGUAGUAAAAAUUCCGCAGAAAACGAGGAAUACAUUAAUCAUCAUACCAAAGACUUGGGCGAAAGAAAGCAGACCAUGUUAAGUAGUUUUUGCAAAAUAUGUAACAAAGAAUUGUGUAAUAAAUAUUUCAUGAAAACUCAUAUGCAACGGAUGCACGGUAUAUCGAUUCAAAAUGGUAAUCAUAUUGGGGGAGUAGUGUGUGAUAUAUGUAACAAAGAACUUUGCAGUAAAUAUUUUCUACGAGUACACAAACAGAACUCUCAUGGUAUUGUUGAAAAUGGAUCUUGCCAAAAAUAUUGGAUGGAUUCGAUGACUGAGAAUGGACAACUGUCUGAUGAACCUGAUAAUGGUCAUAGAUAUUACAAACACUAUACCGAAGUAUGCAAUAUAUGUCUUAGACGAUUCAGAAGUUCGAAGUGGUUGAGUGCUCAUUUAUUGAACGACCAUGGCUCUGAGGGAAAAACCCAAUGGAAGCACAUACAGAAUCAUUUGGAAGAAGAAAAACAAAACAUGCAGUUUACCAGCGAGUUGAACGCGAGCUUAAAAGCAACAAGUCCUAAACAAAAUCCAGUCGAGGAACAAAAUAUAAUAUGCGAUGAGAUGAAACAGUAUCGUUGUUCAUACUGUUCAUUCACCACGUCUAUUUUGUCGUUUCUUUUCGUACACGAAAAAUUUCAUCUCACUGAUAAUAAAACCACGAAGGACAUGCCGUUAACAUGUCCCACCUGCAGCGUGGCGUUUCAAAACAAGACACAGUUGGAAAAUCAUUUUACACAUUGUCAUUUCAACUCCGAUGCUGGGAAUUCGCCCGUUCCGUACGCUAUUUUACAUUCACCCGACAACACGCACGUAACACACAACGUCAAUGAAGAUUUGUCAGCAGACAAGUCAUUGGACAAUAACGGAAAUGACGUAUUCACCGACAAACUUGGAACAUCGAUCAAGCCGCGUCAAACAGAAAAUGUAUCGCCGCCUAUAGGAAAAAACCACCAUAUUCCCGAAUCAAAUCACGAGCCGUUUAUAAUGCAGUCGUUUUUCCUCGAAAACUGUUCAGUUUCUCCGUCGGUCAAGAAGGAACUGAGUGGUCGCAGUGAUUCAUUUCAUUCGUCUCUAGUCUACUUACCAGUCAAGGAAAAGUUAACAUCAACUGUUAAUGUUUUCUUCAAGCUAACCCCAACAUAAUUAUUUGCAAUUUUAAGGUUAUAAUAUAUGUGAAUUUAAUAUUAUAUUUUAUAGCUCAUGGCAUACGAUUGAUCUAACUAAAUUAAACAUAUUAAAUAAUAUUAUAGUUUGUAUGGUAUAGUAUAAUAUAAUAAUAUACAUUCACAGAAUUAAAAUAAGACUGAACUACAUAUUUUAUGGGUGCUGGAAUGAAAUUUGGUGAUAUUGAUAAUACUAAAGUUCCUAAUUUAGCCUUGAAUAAAAUAUUAUGUCAUAAUAUUAUAACGUUGGUAGUUUUGUUUACAUUCCAAUUCGUAAAAACUACUUCGGGAAUCCAUAUACACCAAAAUCAAAGAUUUAAGCUUAAUUAAAACAUGUUAUGUAUAAUAUGGUGAUCAAAGUUCUAAAACAUAAUAAUAUCUAAAUUUAGAUUUUUAACUCUUCAGUGAGUAAAAUAAUAUGCACUAUUAUAUUAUAAAUACAGGGUGAUUCACUAUUAAUACAAAUGUUUGUAUUUAUUAUAAACUAUGGUAGGUACUUUUGUAAAUGAAUGCAAUUAAAAUAUUUUCGUUUUGGAAACUUUCACAUACACAAUUAAAAGCUUUACCAUAAUAUAAUGAAAAUUAUACAUCGCCAGUUUGAUGUACCUAUAUAAUAUUUACAGUCGUCAACU